GCCGCCUCACGAUGCCCGCACACGCGCUCCGCCAGCGACGCUCCGCCGCAGCGCCGCUCGCCCUCUGGUUCCUCCCUCUACUGGCGCUGCUGCCAGCCGGCGCGCUCUCCGCCGACGCCGACGCCAAUGCGACGCUCGUCAGGAACUUCGUCGCUACCGACGCGCUCGUCGACGGCGAGCAGGAACGACGCAUCCACUACAACGGCCUCACCGCCAAGGAGACCAGCGUCGUCGGGGCUCCAGACGAAGACGGCACCAGGGCCGGCGUGACGCUGCGGCAGGUGACGGACGGCUCGGGCUUCCUGCAGCUCAUCUACGGCGCCGAGGGCGAGCUGCGCGACUGCGAGUUCGUGGCGGGGCGGCGCGCCGCCGACGCCUUCCUGCGCUCCUUCCACUCCGACGUGCAGCGCGCCGCCGGCGGGGGCCGGCGCGAACACCGCCACGAGGCAGCCGACGCCGCGCUCACCAACGUCACCUUCCAGGUUUUGCCGGAGGGCUCGCCGCUGCCGGCUGAGGUGUCCUCGUGGCUGAACAUGGGGCGGCUGCGCGCACAGUGCCGGGACAAACACCGCGAGCUGCGACGCCUCGCUAGGUGGCACCGCCGCGGCGGGCCGCGGCAGAGGGCGCGCGCCGACCUGCAGCUCAACAGGACGAAGCGCUCGCUACGCUCGAUGCUGAUGGCGCCGGGGACGCUGUGGUGCGGGCCGAAUGGGGACGUGGCGACGUACGGUCGACUGGGGCCGCUCAGCCAGGAGGACCGCUGCUGCAGACAGCACGACCGCUGCCGCGCCAACAUCAACGCCUUCACCACCAAGUACCACUUCUUCAACUACCGGCCCUUCACCAUCAGCCACUGCCACUGCGACCAUAGGCGCAAGCGGGACCUGGUGGACGCGCUGCGCGUGCCCGGCACAAAGUGGUGCGGCAAGGGCCGCUCCGCCGAGCGCUACACGCAGCUGGGCGGCUUCAACGGCGCCGACCGCUGCUGCCGCCUGCACGACACCACCUGCCCCUUCUACAUCGCCGCCUUCCAGACCAAGUACGGCCUCUUCAACUGGCGUAUCAACACGCUCAUGCACUGCACCUGCGACGAGAGGUAA